UCCGGGGCGCUCGGCUCGGCGCUACGCACGCCUGCGGCGCUGCCAUGGAGACGCGGCCCUGGGGCCAACUGGUGCUGUUGGAGUCCGGAGCGCCGCGCUGCGCCGCGCUGCGCCCCGCGACUCCGGCGUCUCCGAGAACCUCGCCGCGAGGGUGACUGCGGCACGGGCGGAAGGGCAUAAGGGCCUUCCAGAUGCCUGGAGCACAAAGAAGGCGUUGGUGGCUGGUAUCGCCUUGAGGAAGAGCUGUCCACUAGCCCCACAAUGUAAGGCUCAGAGCAGCGCUGCCUCCGCACCCCGGACAAGUCCCAGAUUCCCCUGCUGCCCAGCGAGCUGAUCUGAGCUCUGCUCAGGGGAGACCAGCCUGGGCGCAGCCAUCGUCCGUCUAGCCGUACCACGACCUUCCAGCCAGGGUGGUGCAGUCAUCUUCUCAAGUUGAGUGUUCCACGCCGUGUAGUCAGAAUCACAGUAGACACCUGUCAGUUCCUCCCCCCAAGGUAGGUGCCUCGUCCCAGUCACCUCCAUACCUAAUGAAGUGCCCACAGCUGUCACCAUCAAAGGCUGUCACCAGAGAGCCACCGGACCUGCUGGCCAUUCAGUGGUGGUUCUUAAGUGUCUUCAGAAUGCUUGGAGGCUCCUCUCAAGUCUCCUCCAACACCACCCUCCUAAGGGUGCUGCCCACCCACAGCCUGGACCCUCACCUCUACCGCUAAGUUAACUAAAGAAUCCCCAGACCCAGCAGGUGCAAAGCACGUUCAUCAGAUGGUCUAGUAGUGCAAAGCAGUUGGGAGGGUUGGCCCAGGGCGGCCGCAGGCUCUGCAGCCCAGGCAGGGGACUCCGGCCCGGGAUGAGCAGCCGAGCCCCGCUGGCAGAGAAAGCCCUGUCAGAAGGCUACGCCCGGCGGCGGUACAGGGACACCUCCCUGCUGAUCUGGCAGCAGCAGCAGCAGCAGCUGGAGUCCGUGCCGCCCAGGACCUACCUGAGCAGGAGCCGCAGCAUGUGGUACUCACAGUACGGAAAUGAGGCCAUCCUGGUCCGCGACAGGAACAAGCUGGAGGUCUCCAGGGACACAGGCCAGUCCAAGUUUUGCACAAUUAUGUGACCGCAUAGUGAACACCGGACCCAGAUGCCACACAGUGAGCCUGGGCCUCGUUUCCUUCAGGGGCAUCAUGGAUUUCCAGGCCCCCCGUGAAGACGAGCUGUGGUGUGAGAACCCGCGGCCCCCAGGAGUGGCUCCAGGCCCCUGGGCACAGGGCCGGUGCAACAGGCCAGCCUGGCCUCCCCACUGCCCCGGAGCUGCAGGCCCGCCAGGCCAUGCUGCCAGGCCUGCUUUCAUGUUAGGGUUCCGAUAAAUCAACCCAGAGGGACCCUGUUCCCAAACAACCUUUCACGUUUGGUGGGUUUUUUAAUUUAUUUUUUUCAGUGACAGUUGACAUUCAGUAUUUUAUUAGUUUCAGAUUAUAAGUUGUUUUCCAUGUUCACUUCUGCCUAAAGAAAGGGUCAGAUCUAGAAAACAGGUGAAAGCCAGUCUGUGUUUCGACCUGGCCGAUGAAAUGACCACCAGGCAGCUUCCACAGACUAGAGCACUUGCAGGCGAGCACAUUCCACACACGUUAGGGAAACCAGACCUUACUUGUAAUUUCCACAUCAGUUCCUUCCAGUGUCUGGGCCCCAGCUGGGAGGCCGUCGCAGCCCCCACCGCCAGCAGGGCCUCGGUGCCCGUCACUGUGCACACAGGUGGCUGAGGCCCCAUGAGCAGCCGUUGUGUCCCUGAGAAAGGACAUGCGUCUGCUGCAGCUGAAGCCGGUGUGGCUUAGACACAGGGAAGCCCCUGUGGAAGGUGACUUUCCUUUACUAUCGCACACAAUAAACGCUGCUGGACUCUCUUCCUGCACAUUUUACCCCGGCCUGCGUGCCGGCCUGGCCGUUCUCAGUGGUCUCUAGUGACACUGACACCCCACACAGACAUGCAAGGGGCAGAGGAGCGGCCCCUGCCCAGAGACACCCAGCUGCUCAGACAUUUACCUUUCGCUGUGACCGUCUGACGGGCAGGAGGGCGUCCUCACUGCCGCUGCGCACGCAGCACACCCCGUGCAUGCUGGGCGCAGUUCUUUUGGCAGUUGGGUGAGCGUCUUAGUGACCAGCACCCUAGAAGUGGCCCUGGGGGUCCCCCAUGUCUACGGCACGCCCGAGGCCUGGAGUCCAGCUGCUUCGGCGCCCUGCUGGAGUCACAGCGCAGCUCGGCCCUUCCGCCCCAAGCAAGGCCUCGGCAGGGAGGGCACACCUGCCCAGGAACCGUGACCAGAGGCGCCCAGUGGACGCCUCUGUGGGUUUAAGUCCUGCCUGGGAAGAAAGGCGACCUCAGAGGACAGGUGCCGUGCCUCCCGGCUUGCUGCACCCCCAGCGGCCUCGGGCUGGGCCCUGGCUGUGCUCUGCCCGUGUCUGCACACAUCAGUGUGCGGGCGACCAUGUACUGGGACCCUCGGAGGACAGCUGCCACUAAGCCACUUAGCAGGCAGACACCUACAGCCUGAGGCCAGUCUGGCACAGCCAGUCCUGUCCUUGGGGAGGUGGCUAGAUGAGGGAGGGGCUGAGCCUGGACAGCGGUGACAUGGGCCAAGGAAACACAACACCAGGCUGACACUUAGGUGACAAGAACCUUUCUUGAAAAUGCUGUAGGCACUCUUGUUGUGAGGCCUCAUUCACUCCCCACUGAAGCCGCGGGGUGGGAACCUUGGCACCUGAACUCACUUGAUGUGGGUACAAGGCAACGCCCACUGGGCCGCCGUGCAGCUGUCUGGUGCCAGAAGUCUCACGAGCACGCACGCCGCCCAGGUGCAGACAGAGGCGCAGGAGGGACAGACAGGUCUGUCUGGAGCAGAGGGACAACUGAGUGAGGACUUGAAGCAGCAACCCACUCGUCUGUGGUGGGCGGACAUUCCAGAGAAGCACAGAACUGGAAAGACCGGGGCUUGAACUCUCUUUGGCAGAAACACGACGCUCCCCGGUCCCUCCCUGCCCAGGCCGAGGGGCGGAGCCGUGGACUCGCCGUGUGAAACUGCUGUGUGAAACUGCUUUCGGAGGCUCUGGCUGUUCCCGCCUCGUCUGCACCUGGGAGGGGGGAGCAGGAGCACCCCGAAAGCACAGGAAAAGGCACAGACAGGCACCUUUUUUUUUUUUGGCUUUUAUUAUGAAAACGAAACAAAAGCCCCAGGAGGAGGGUCCAUGAUUACCAGAAACAUCAAGAGUACUUUCUACCAUUUUUAUUCGGUUGUGUUGAAGCCAGCAUUGCAGUAAACAAGCUAACACUACUUACAUCGGACUCAUUUGCAGUAACUGACAUUUACAGGAAUAUACUAGAAACGGCACUAAAAAGGUUAAGGAAAGUUACGGUAAGCCGGCAUGCACACCAUACAGAAAAGUAACGCUUUAAAUAUAAAAAAGGACACUCGCUGGAGGUGUUACACGUACUGAGGAGCAGCCCUACUCGGGAUGGAUGGGGUCGAACCUCGCGGGCCGUCCCUCCCCGAACAGCUGCGAAAGGCGUGGAUUCGCAAAAGAACAGGAACGAAAACAGAAAAGAAAACACAUCUCGCGGUAUGUGAGCAAGAUGGCGCCUGCUGCCCAGGACAUGCAGCCUGUCCCCUCGGUCCACGCGGUCACGUCCCCAAGAGUGUUUCCAAAGCCGUCUCCAACACGUGGCCAACCCACGGAGCCUUUCCCCUCGAAGCCGCCCUGCAGGCCCGGCCCUGGAGCCCCUCCACUGUCCGGCUGAGGUCUUCCCAGGACGGAUGGAAAUGACCCGCUGCCACGGUGAGCUCGAGGCGGGGAGGUGCCCCAGCCCGGAGGGCGGUCAGUGGUGACGUCUGGACGGAAAGUCCAGGACCUGCGGCCGCUCAGUGGGUACGGCAGCCCCCAGGGAGCCAUAGAAGCCAGUAGCCUCUGCCGGUGACAGGAGGCCCGAGGUUGCACCAUGGCGCGUGGAACCAGUGGAGACACACGCUACCAGGUUCCCACUGCACUUGCCUCGAGGGCCACAUGCUUCUCCCGCUACCAGCUCCCACGGGUGGCCCUUCACGCCCCAGGCACCACGCAGGUCCCCCGUUGCCCGCUGAGCACUGGCUGCGCACGCCCACGCGGCCCCCUGUGAGACCUGCGGUGUACCAACUCCUCGGUCCUGGUUUAAAUAUGCCAUGAAAGACCGGUUUAGAAAACCUUUGAAAAACAAGGGUAACUUUAAAAAAUGGUAAGUUUAAAAUCCACUUACAUUUUUAUUAUAAACAAAACUUAACAGUUUAACAAACUGGCUCAAAACUCACCCAGUGUAGGAUCACCAGCGGUAAGAACGAUGGCACCCCACCACCCACGCCCUCAACCCAGUUCUCUCUCCGUCAAGGUACCCGCGGCUGAGAGAGUCGAUGCGAUCAGAACCACGUUGGGGUUUUUGAGAGACUCACCACCCACGGGGAUGCUGCCGAGAAGCCCCCCUACCAACCAGGACUUGCAGAAGGCAGGCGCCACCAGGCAAAAGGCUGGGCAGACGCCCCACGCCCACGAGGUGCUUGCAGGCGUGUCUGGACGGGAGAACGCUGUUUCGGCCGUUUCUGCUCCACCGAAAAUGCUCGGGCAGGGAGCCCCUUCCUGGAGCCAGAGGCUCUGGGCCCCAGACACGGGCAUGCCAGAGAGCGCCCGGCCAGGCCGCUGCCAGCGGAGGAAGCCUGCCCGGGGCACGGGGAGGUGACAGGCGCCCCAUCUAGGGGCCUGGAGCCCAGAAGGCCACUGUGUGUUCUGGGCCGGUGCUCAGACCCUGGGUGGGCUGUGGGGGGCAUCCCUGCACUCAAAGGCCACGUGGUGGCCUCUGGGAAAAACAAAACCAAAACAUAACCUUCUGUUAAACUCUGUAUAUUAUUAAUAUUUUCUCUUACAAUAGAAAGUUAAAAAUCAAGACUUAGAUUUACUAUACAUUUGCUUCCUCUCAGGUUACAAAGCUUACAUUACACAGCUGCGGGUCCCUAAGCCGGCCUCAGACACCCACAGAGACCGGAAGAGCACGAACAACCAGGCAAACCCAACACACGGGACGCGCCGGGCGGGCGGGGGCGCCGUCCCUGCGCGUGUCUGCGCCCCACACACACAUGGACGAGCGACGACGAGGCCCCGGCGCCGGCAGCGCGGACGGGACUGAGCACCGGCCGGGCCGAGUAGCACCUGGAGGGGCUGGGCGCUCUCGCCAACCACGAGAAGGCCCGCAUCUCCGCUGUUUGUAAUGCGUUUCUUUUGUUCUGUUUUUCUUUUUUCUUUUUUUUUUAAAAAUGACCAAUGGUGUUAAUAAAUAAAGUAUUCCUAUAUACACGAA